UUUUAUGUGAAGAAUGUUUCAAUACAAAGGUUAAUUUUGAUGAAAGUGAAGGCUAUCAUCAUCUAAUUUUUCCAGUGUGUUUGGUUUUGUCAUUGUUGUUUGAAUGUUCUGGCUUAACUUAAAGAUUAGUGUGCUAACGAGUUCCUACACUAAAGAACAAUGUUUUCUUGAAGCCAAGGAACCGAGUAGAAGCAUAGCUCAUUAAACCUAAUUGCGUAAGUAAGGACAUAAACGGGGAAAAGAAAAAUACUCACCCAACACAAAAACAACAUUAGCCUUCUUCUCAUCUAAACUUCCAUGGGUGCUCUACAAACAGACACGUGAGAUUAACAUAGCAAAUAACCAGGUAAGCAGUCCAUCAACUUGCUUUAAACAACCAAUCAAUUGAGCCUCAAAUCCUUAUCUAACAAGGAUAACCUUUUGGGAACUUUUCAAAAAAUACCACCAUUAAACAAUUAAAUUCCAAAAAUACCACCAUUUCACGAAAACAGCCGCAUGGAAAGGAGGUUUGUUGAUGAACUGCGUGGUAAAUAGAGUUUCUAUUUUCAGCACAAACCGCACCCUCUAAGGGCGGUUCUACGGAUGACCUAGAUGAAGACCGAUUCUUAACACGACGGUCUUGGUCAGCAAUAGAAACCACUCCAAUACCAGGCGGUUUGAGUUGACGACACACAAACCGUUUGGGGGGACGACGAUUCGUAUGUAGUCCCCAUCUCCCCGACAGCCGAUAUGUCGACAUGCCGGCAGGAAUGACAAUGGGGCAGGUCCGGGGCGGGUAUCUCGAUACCCAUACCCGCUCCGUGGCAGAUCGGGUAAUUUAUCAUGGGUUGUGGGUCGGGGCAAGUCGACCCAAUGGGUACGUAAUUUAUAUGGAAAGUAUUAGAAAUAUUCGUUAUUUUCAUUGUAAGACCAAGAAACAAAUCAUAAUAUGAUUAAAUGUAGUUAAAUUAUUGAAAAAUUUGUGGUUUCCCGAAUUUACAACUAUAUUAUAGCUAAAAUAUAAUGUAAUAAAAGAAUAAUCUUAAGUAAUUUGACUAAGAUUACAUGUAAUUUAGGCAAGAACGGGCCGAGAACGGGGCGAGUCAGGGCAGGUCGGGUCAAAGAGAAUACCCAUGCCCGCUCUGCCCCGCCCCAAAACAGGUCAAAUAGGUCGGGUAAAACGGGUCAAGUCGAGAUUGUCAUCCCUACAUGCAGGGGGUGUAGACGGGGGGUUGCAUGUCAAGUGAACCCCCCCCCCCCCACACACACAGCAGUUUUCAGUGGAACGCAGUAUGGGGGAGCGGUUUUCACUUUACAUUUUUACAUUUUGCCUAUAAAAGACAGCCCCGAAAACCUCAGCUCUUCACCCCUCUCCUUAUUCUUCAAAUUUCUGUUUAGCACCCUACUUUUUUGAGUUUUUGCGAUUAACGUUACUUCAUAAGUUUGUUCUGUAUUAAAUUUUAGGGUAAUGUCUAUUUUGUAUCCAAACCUAUUUCAAAUUCUUUUGUAUUACCCAAACCUAUUAAAAUGAUUUUAAAUAACCAAAUCUUUCGUAUUGUAUCAAAAUGUUAGCCAAUUUUAUGUUAUCCUUAAUAAUUUUCUAACUCUUUUCCUAGUUGAAAUACUAAAAUUUUGGAAUGUUGACCUUCAUGUGUCUCUUCCAAGUCAGUAUCAUGUUGCCAAGUCAAAAUUACUAACAAAAUUGCUAACUAAAAGUUAACAUUUGUCUAAUUCAUUGUUUUACAAUAGGUUUGGCUAAUAAAAAAAUCCGAAAAGGUUUGGAUACAAAAUAGACAUUACCCUACUUUUUAUUGUGAUUUGUGAUUUUUAUGGUAUUAAUUUAGUUAUGGUUUUAUUGCAGAUGGCAUUCCAAAAGUUCGCGCUUGGUUUGUGGUGGAAUGAUUACACGGAAGAGACCAGAAAUGAGGUACGUUACGUCGGUGGUAAUUUUCAGAAAGGGAAGGUCGCUACGAGACCGAACCUUAAAUAGCUCUGUCAAAUGUGUACUACGAUUACUUGCAUGAUGGCACGAGGAGAGUUGAUCGUAUGGUGUAUCGAUAUCCAAACAGGGGUCGUUCUGGCAUGAAGAAUUGCUCAUAACCACUCAGGAGGAAGUUGAUGCCAUGCUCGGAUUUGUGAUCGCCAAUAACAUUUACAAAGCAUAGAUGUUUGUUUACACCUACAAAGUUGAAGGCGGUGGAGGUCAUUCUGAAGAUGGCCAAACUUCUGGUAUCUACGGUGGGGGUGGAGUAUAUGAAGAUCAUCCCUACCAAGGUUACCAGGAUCAUCAUUCCUACCAUAAGUACCAAAAAGGAGGUGAAGCUCAUCAUCAUCAAUCCUUCCCAUCAUAUGAAGAAGAAGACCAAUGGUACCAUGACAACAAACAAGAAGGAUACUAGUACCAACCUGUGUACAACUUUUAUGUAGGCAAUGCAGUCAAAAUCGGGAUUUUGAUCAUAAAAUCGUAGGAUUUUAAUUAGCGAUUUCGAUCCUGAUUUUACUAUAAAAUCAGUGAACCUUAAAAUCGUACAAAAUCUGGAUUAGAAUCGUAAAAUCGUACCAAAAUCUGGAUUUUGAUCCUAUGUGAACAAAAUAGGCAGUUUGAGCCAAUUCAAAAGAAGCAAAACUUUUUUGGUGGAAAGGACAAUGACGGGGAUCUUCUCAGAUAUUUUUCCUAUUAAAAGAACAUUUGAGAAGAAAAAAACCUAAUUAGGGUUCGGUCAACCCCUUUCCCUUCCCCUUGUUUAACUCAUCGGUAAAAUAGUUGUCAUAAUAUUGUAAGUACGAAAGAAUUAACAUUAUAAUUAACAUUUAUUCUUAGUUUUAAAUCAUGGUUAGUAGACGAUGUCGGAAUACUACUUUGAGUUAAACUACAUAUACACAACAUGAAAAACAACAGCCAAACCCCAUGAGCUAUAUCCCUUUCUCAUAAAUUAUUUUGAGUUACGCAUUAAAUAACAAUUAAAAUGAUGAUUUUGGAACAUUAAUCUUGAAAAUUAUCACUUUAAAUUUUAUAUGUCUUUGUGUUAUUAAUGAUUUAACUUAUUAAUAUUAUUAUAUAAUAAUUUCUAUGUGGUACUUAAAAUCCUACGAUUUUACGAUUCGAUUUUAAGAUUCCGAUUUUAUCUCAGUUUUUUAUUUUAGGUAAAAUCUCGAUUUUGACUGCUUUGCAUGCAGGUAGAAAUAGUUAUCACAACUACCAUUACGGAGCUGAUGAAGGUGCCUUUCAAGAUCUAGAUGAAAUGGAAGAUGCGCUGCCAGGUCCAAUUAGUGACCCUGAAGAUGAACAAGAGGAAGGCAGCGUCAAUGCAGACAACUUCGACCCUCUUGAAGGUGCUCAAGAUUUAGGCUCAGAUUCAGACUCAGCUGAUGAGGAGGUGCCCCGUGAACGUGUGCCUAUCACGUACUACAUGGACAUUCCAGAUGAAAACUGGUAUGUUGAUGCCGACAUGAAGCUACCAGAUGUGCUAAUAUGGGGUCCAACCACUUAUUGAUCGUUCACACAACCACAUCGCCAUCGAUGGGCAAAUUAGUUAGGAUGGCAAUGUUCUUUAGUGUGAUGGUGCACUCUCCUUCACAAAAGUUGAAGUUGUGUGUCUCUUUUCUCCAUCUCUCCACCAAUGUUGUGAUGAGUUGACGGUCGAUCUUUAUGUUGAUAAAGUGCCUCAUUGAAUGCAACAUUGCCCUUUUGAGAUAGGGCAAGAUAGCGGGGUUAUAUGGGAGCACAUUGCUCGCACCCCUAUAUCUGACAAUAUGGAUGCAUCCCAGCAAAGAAAAUUACAACCAUAAGUUUAUGAUUUAUAAAUACAUAAAUCUAUUAUAACAAACAAUUGAAAUUAACAAAAUAAAUACCAUUUUCAAUAUAUAUACAUAAUUUCGUAAAACAAAUAUAUUCAAUUAAGUAAAAUGUUUAGCAUUUGAAAGAUAUACACAUAAAUCAAUUAAACCAAAUAAUAGAAAUUAACAAAAUUAAUUUUGUACACAUGCACAUAAAUCCAUUAUAUUAUUUUGUAAAUCGUAUUGGUUGUUUUCAAUAAUUUAAUCCAAUACAAGUACACUCGUUAGACUCUUAGGAGAGGUAUACAUCUAUUUAGAAACACAGCCUUUUUGACAGAACAAGGGGGAUCCGAGGUUCGCUUAAAAAUCCGAUUUUCCCAGGAAAUGGGAGGAUCUUGAUGAUCUCUUAAGAACUCAUUUCCUUAGGCAUGCAUCUCUUUAUAAAGAGUCUAAGUAAGUGACAAAUUGUAUUAGCCCAAAUCAUUGACAGUAAUCAAUAAGAUUAACAAUUAACAAAUUUAUUGUAUGUAGAAUUAUAUGUACCUCGUGAUCGUUCCAAACAUCCCUUGAAGGAUGGUUAGGUUGGUCGUAUAGCACGCUUGCAUCAAUCGGUCCUUGAUCAAGAUAAUAUCUUUGAUUGUAUAUAUCCACGUCCUCCCCAACCUACGAUAGCAUAACAACAACAUAAAUUAAUUAGUAUAUAGAUUAAAUAAAAAGAAUUAUAACAACACAAAAAAAUUGGUAAAAUGAGUACAUACCGUUUGAUACUCAUCAUAAUAAAUACCCUCUUCUUGGAACCAAGUAUCCAUUUUUCAGGAAUGCAGACAGAGUUUCGAAGCGUUUUCAAGAAAAACCCUAAGAAAUGUUUUCUUAUGGCAGUUCGGAUUUCGCCACAACCAACAAACCAUUAUUUCUUAGGUUUUGGGUGGAGAGGGGGAUGGAUAGAGAGAUAAUCUUACAGAGAGAAGAAUGAGUUUUGUCGUUUUAGUUGAAGAAAUAAAGGAGGGGGUUUAUAUAGCAUUCGAACCGCUUGGUGGAUGGCGGUUUGGUAAGUUUACACCAAACGAAACCCCCCUUCCCCCCCCCCCCCCCACCAACGGUUUUUGCAAUUGAAACAGAAACCGCGCUUCGGGGGAGCAAUUCUGGCUUCCUCGACAUGGACCGCUGGUCUAGCGCACGGUCCGCCUUCGGAUCGCAUCUUUAUCCGACGUCCAUAGACCGCCACAUGGACAAGCGGUUUGCUGGCCGCCAAAUCGUCCCCCCCCCCCCCCACCCCCAUGCGGUUCUCCUUAAAACCGUGCCUUCUCCAUGCGGUUUCUAUAAAAUGAUAGUAUUUUU